GUUGGAGAAGAAAAGAGAGAUAGGAGAGGAAAGGUGGGUUAGUUCUGUAGGAUCGUAAGCCAUUCCGGUCGUUUAUUUCGUGCUCAAACGACCAAUACAGUUUACUAUCGGAAGAGUGGGUCAACUCGUUUUGGAGGAAGAAGUCUUAGUAGGGGAUACCCUUCUUCCCAACUUUUCUCAUCAUCUUCAUUUUGUAAAAUACGGAAAAUGCCGUUUAUCGGAAAGGAUUGGCGAGCACCUGGUGAAACUUGGGUGUGGUGCUCCAAUACCGAUGGAUGGGAACAGAUGAAACUACGACCAAUUCAGGUGGAAGAAGCAGUCGAUGCAACUCGGUCGCCAGUUUGCAGUUCAUUGGUGAAAAAUGUUUCUUCGAUGUCGCUAUCAAGUAACGAUGAAAACUGUCUACGAUCGGAUACUGAUGAUUCCGUUUCAGAAGGUGAUGAUUGGAUCCCGCAUUGUUUCGUCAAAACUGGAAAAUCCAAAGAAUUUGUUGGGUGUACGAGUAUGAGUGAGGCAUUUCACCGAUUGGACUUGGCACGAGCCGUGAGCGAUGUCCGGAGAUUCAAUUAUAUCUGUAAAGUUGUGCAAAUCCUCGUUCAGGAGAAGUUGCAAAAUCUUAGUGCUACUGCUCGGAAAGCUCUUCUUUCCAUUAUUAAGGCGAUUGUACUUAUAUGCGUUGAAAAGGACCUUCAUAUAUCCAUAGCACGAUCUCUUGUUUGUGAUUUUGGUGCCGGUCUUGAAGGUCACUUGUACGGUUCACCUCAAUUAGUUUCGAAGCAACUGAAUGUGAUUGGUGAUUUGUUGGAACUUAUUUCCGAACGACGACCUCGUACAUUAGCAGAUAGUGACGAAGAAUCAGUAACGUUUAUGGAUUUACCACGAGAAAUUCUGUCAAUCAUCUUGAGAAAACUUCCUGACCAUGUUUCACUGCUUGAAGUUGCUAAAGCACAUGAAGUUUUGGAUGCCAUUGUCAAGAAAGAAGAACAGCUUUGGGCAUCUCUGUGCAACUUCCACUUUACGCAGGAGCAAACUGCAAAAAUUAAAAGAGAUCCGAUUUCCUGGCGUCAUACCUUCUUCGAACUUAAAAAAUAUUGUGGACUGCGGGAAUUUUAUGCUGAUUUAAUUCAUCUUUGUUGUCACUGUAAAGCGAUAUUUUGGAAGGAUCAUGGGCAUCCAUGUAUAUCGAAAGAUACACCUUCAGUGCGUGUUACGCCUCAACAGUUUGUUGACAUGUUACUUUUUCUGUGAAAAAAGUUUGAUUGGUUUAUAAAAUCGCUGUGGUUUAUUUGUGAUAUACAGUAACGCGGUUUGGUUUCUUAGUAUGCAGUAUUUGUAUCUGCAAUGCAUUCAAAAGUCAGAUUACGAAUUAAAAAAAAGGGAGAUCCACUCCAUAAGAAAAAUGCAAUUGUACUCUAAAUUUUAAUUGCCUUUACCUUAGGCUUCUUAUUUGGGAUCAUUUUUUCAAUUUACAUAAACGGACCGUUGAGAAUCAACUUAAAAAUUGUAUUGUAUCUUUGUGAUUUGUAAGUAUUUGUAACUUUUCCCAUUACAUUUGUAUAAUUUGUGGAUUUUUGAUCUUUCGAAUUUUUUAUCAUAAGAGUUCAUCGACACUUCAUGUCCAACAGAUUCUGUUAAGAUCCUUGAAUUGUGAAGAGGUAAACACAAGGAUUUUGAGUAAGUACUGUAAAAUAUUUAUAGUUGUUUCCCACCGAUUCCAUGUAGCAUCUUUCAUCGUACAGUUUUUGUGUCUCAAAUGUGACAGACUACGAAUGUAAUGUUUGGUGAUAAUUAAUCUCAUGCCUGGUGGUAAUUAACAGUGGUAAACCGUCUUUUGUGCCG